UCUUAUCAUUUUCCGUCACCAGCAUCGCCAUCAUUUCACGGUGGGAUUCUCCACGAGACCCUAUCAAAUCACCAAGGGUCAACAGUCGCGUCUGUGCACAUCCUUACCAGAGCUCCUUGAGCUCUAUUCCUGGCAAUAAUCCACGAUCUUAAGCCCAGGUGCACGAGACGAACGAUUGAAGGCAUAUGCAUUCGCCAUGCGUGAAUUGCGCCCUCUAAUUUUGCCGGAGCGCAUGUCGGGUGCCUCCGUUCCAGCGAAACGGAACAGCAAUCCGAACCCUCCAAGAAAUUCCUCGCAAGACGGCAACCUGAACCUUGGUGCGACCGCCCCGCAAUAUGCUGGCAUCUCAUCAUGGGAGUCGCUUCCAUCCAUGAGCUCGGAAUGCUCAACGCCAUUGACACCAACGUUCUCAUUGCGCGGUCAUUCACGAAUACCAAGCGCUACCUCCUCUCUUUCUUCAACGUCACCGUCAACCGAGCAAUUGGAAGGCGCCGUGGUACGCGCACCAAAGUUGACCCAAUUGAGGGAGGAUCCCUGGGAGGGAGAGGAUGAACACGAUAGAAACGAAGUCCAGGACGAUUCCAAAAAUGCGUCACGAUCGAGUGUCAUCCAUACGCAACCCCAUGAAUUCGACUUUGCGGACGGUUUCUUCAACGAAGACUUCGACAGCAUCUCGCCAUAUUGCUCCAAGAAGGAUCGGUCGAGUAAUACCCAGCUAGAGCUAGUCGUCAAUCGACUCGGCACCCGUUUCUCAAGACGACGGCGAAAUACUGCCCGGAACUCCCAAGGCCCAUUCACGCUGUCUGCGGCGCCAUCAACACGGUCAUCGUCGCUUACGAGCUCGGUGAAAUCCGGGUUCGAGCAAGGCGAUUUCUUCCCGAACCUCGAUCCGCAAAGUAUCGAGCCGCAUCCGGACCCCUCCGAUGGGGAGCAAAGGAGAACGAAAGUGCCCAAGGAGAUCAUCAUACCGGACCGCUCCAUCGUGGAGCCCAUCGAUCGAGAAUUGCUAGCGUCGACUCCGCUCCUCCCACCGCUCCUCAACACCAACGAUCAGGUCAAUGACGAUGUACCCUCACCGCUCCAGUCGCCCACUGUCGCCGAUCCGAAUUCUCCCAUGUCCAUGGUCCUUGGCCCCUCCGUUGAGCUCCUUCCCCUCCCCGCCGUCUCCGCCGACGUCACCUGCACCUCGUCCCCGGCCCUAUCGACCCGCCCAUCUCUCACAUCCAUCAAGCAGACCUCCUCGCAGCCCUCCUCGUUCCUCAUCUCCCACCCGCGCGACGCCUGGUCCACGCGUCUCGGCCACGCCAACUUCACCAUCGACCCCGAGCCGUACGUCCCCGACGAUCUCACCCCGCCGACGUACCGCCAAUUCCUCAGGGACUGGUCGAUCGCGCGCGGGAACUAUACCCGCCACCAAGUGCGCACUGCCGACCACUUCGGCCCCACCAGCAAGGUGUUCAAGCUCACCGAGAAGAAAUGGGCCGAGCUGGACGCCGAGUGGCGCCAGAACUGGCGGACAGUGCGCAAAGGCGUCGCGAAGAACUCGCUCGCCUCGUCGUCGAGCAGCGAGAUCGACACGGCGGCGGAGAAGCACGUCAUGUGGCUGGUAGACGACGAGGAGGUGGACGAGCCGGAUGCGUUGGACGUGACAGCCCCGGCGCCGAUGCCCAUGCCGAACGUCAGCGCGGAGGAGGCGGAGGGGAAGUUCCCGCGCCGAGGCGACGAGGAUAUCGUCGGGCCGAUGGUGCGGGUGCAGUCGAAGUCGGUUCAAGGAGCCGGGACGGGAGACGCGAGAAAACGGUGGUGGAGGUUGUGGACGGGGUGGAAGGCAUCGAGGCAGGGGAGACGGUGACGCGAGGAGGAUACCAGCGACGAUUUCAUUUGUUCACGACGAUCACGAUCUAAUAGACUUUAACGGGACGACCAUCACGAUAUGGGAUCGAUACGCGUCCGAGGAUAUCCCAUGCAGCUCAUUUACCGAGGAACCAACAUAUACACCUCACGAUAUACACUAUUCUUCCAAGCGCCUAGCACGAGGACUAGACGGCUUCGCUCGCUCGCUCGGUGUUCCCGGACCCUACCCAAAACAUGGAAACGGGCAGGAAAAUGCGCGCCAAAAGUCUGGAGAUUUUUCUUUCAGGGAAAUGUCCUUUCUCGACUCCUGGGGCGGCACGCAUGGUUGUACGAUAUCCUUUUGCCCUUAUGAUAUCCCCUACCCCUUUAACAGCACGGAACGCUGGAGGGAUUCUCCUUGGUCGGUGGCUCGGCCCGCAUAAUGAGGCAGUGGGGGCCGUCCCCGUCCUUGACGGCGGGCUUCUUCAGCGGCUUAAUCCAUUGAUGCAUUGG